CAAAUGCAGCCUCCGGUCUCCCACUUCCCACUCUCCCUCUUUGGCUUCUAGGGUUUCGCGAUUACCAGUCACGAUUUCGAUGCGAGGGAUAUGGAAAUUUCGCUAAUUCUGUGUUUUCGUGUUCUAGAUAGAUAAUUUCUCCGCCGCUUCCAUGGGCUAGGGUUAUCAAUCCACGUAUUUAUCAGUAAAUCUGGUGUUACCGAGUAUUUCAAGCCCGUUUCAUGUGAUUCUAGGAAUGAGGCUAGAAAUUUGUUUGGUUUGAUGGAUAGUAUUAAUUUGGUUCUAGGUUUUACUGACAAUGCUUCUCUCGGAUCUGAAGUUAUUGUUGUCUGUGAUUGGAAACGAUAGGAGCAAUGGAUCACUUCUAAGAAAAAUUGAUGUGAAUUGUAAAACUGCUUAUCCACCUACUUUUACACGGAUCUUAUGACUGAUCUCAGCCUUAACGUUAGGAUUGAUACUGACAGUUGGUGACGUGUUCUGUCGGAAGCCUCUAUUCUUGAUUUAUGGAUAUGAUAGCAGAUUGAGGUGGAGGAUCUCUUCAUUUUAUCUAAAAGUUACUAUGUGGUUUAUGAUAUCAUUUUAUUUGAUUAACUAUUUUGAUAGCAGUGGAAUUGACUAUUUGAAGUUCCUUGGACCGGGGCUUAUUAUGAUUCAAAUGUUUUGAAGGAAAAUCCAGUAUGCAUCCUAAUAUGCUUUAUCAGAGAAGUUCUUAUACAUAUAAACAUUAAGAGGCUAGUGUACUUUAAUUUCAUUACUGUAUGUGUAAUUUGUGGAUCUAUUCUUCAUUUGUCUAUGUGCGAACUUACUAGAUGGAGUGUUUUAUGCAAUACGUUCAUCACUGAACAUGAAAUUUUUUUUUUCCUCUGGAAAUUUUAAGCAAAGGCUGUUACGUGAAGGGUUCCUCAGCAUGAUGCCACUUUUGUCUCUGGAUCCAUUAAUAUACUUCUACAACAUUCAUUUGCAUGCAAAACAUAAUUCUUUUUUUCAAAUUAUUAUAAUUUUUGUCUUUCAGUAGAAGAUGACAGUGGAAAUGACCUAGAUCCUCCUUAGUGCACAGCCAGUGGUUGCCACUAUUUGAAAAACAUGUAGAAUAAAGUUUCAAACAGUUGAAGGAACAAAACUUUCUGCUAUCUUGCUGUCACUUUCUAGUGAGUUGGUAAACAAUGAGAAACCUGUUGAUGGCCGUCAGUUGGCUGCUUUGGUUCUUAAAAUGCCUUGGAUGCAAAAUAGUAACACAGGAAAAAUGAACUUGUUCAAAGACUGAAGUCAAAGCUUUGUGAACACUUGCAAUCCCUCAUGUUGAUGCUAGGUCCACUCCAUCACAAGUCAUUGCUAAGAUUGCAGGUAUUGAGCUACCUCAAGAUCAGUGGUCUGAACUAGGAAGCCUCGUGUUAGGCAAGCCACAUUAGAAAUCCUGGGUUACUCAUGUGAGGAAGACUCUGCAAGUUAUUGUUCCAGACCAAAUGAAUAGAUACUUAAGUUGUCUAGGGCAUCAAUUCUUCCAAGUGGAGUGCUGAUGUCUGGCUGGCUGCUAAGCAAGCAUUGUACGGUGUACUAGUUUUUGCACAAGUGGAUUUCUCAAAUGGCAUGGAAAGAGAGACUAUAUCAUGAGAGUUAUUUGUGAAGCAACCUUACUUGGGACAUGCUUGGGAUUGGUUGCAUGGACAGUUGGAUAUAUUAUACUCCCUUCUUAUGAUGCCUUUUGGCAAGGAAAAUGUGGCAAAACCAGAUUGGAGGCCAAAGAGAUGCAGCAACUUAUGCAAUUAGAUCACCUUUGGAGGUCCAUCCCAGACAAGCACACAACCACUGUCACUGUUACACUAAACGUUAUGCUAAUGCAUUGACGAAAGACCCAAACAACCAUGUAGAAGGCACUACUGUAUGACGUUUGGUAUAAUUUUUGGGUUACUUCAUGGCUCCACUACAGAAACACAUUUUUACGCCCGAGAAUUGUCAGAAGAUCCUCAAUGAGCUUGCAACAUGUUCUAAAUGUUGCUGAAAAAGCCUGUGGAACUUUGUACUUCAUUGAUCAAGGCUACAAGGAUGUUGGUGCUGCGUUCCAAUCGUCUCCUUUCAAAGAGGCUGUUAUAUAGGAUGCUGAAAAAUCCCCCUUGAGGGCUGCUGCUUAUGAGACUGAAUGAAAUUUUGAGAUAUUUGACUAUCUGGUUGGUCCCCCUCUUCGUGAUGGAACUCCAUGAAACAUUUGAAGCACAAAGCAUUCAUCAGACAGGAGGGAGAAGCAAAAUGACUUACAGGGCCAUGAUUGCUUGGUAGAAGCAGAACUGCUAAAGCACAAAAUUUGAUAGCUAGUAAUCAAUAUUAGUUUCUAGCUCAAAACAAUGAUUGCUAGAUCAUUUGAACAAGUGAGAGUUUCAGAUGGUGCUGGAAAAGAAAGUGAAACCCCAUCAAAUGUACCAGCUAGAAGAGUCAUCACCGAAUUCUUCAUUUCCAGAAUGUACAGGUUUCUGUGCAAAAUUUAAGAGAGCAGAGAAGAUGACUGUUCUAUGGCAUGGCAAUAAAGCAAGAGAGGUAGAUAACUGGUCAACUACUGGAAUGUGGCAACCCAGUAAUAUCAAAGUCACCACCCAUUUCUUGGUAUCAACUUGAAACAACAGUCAUGGUGGAUGGGAGUGGUCUUCUUUUUUCUCCUUAUGCUGAAACAACUUGUGCAUCCAAACUAUUGAAGAACUAUGAUCAUCAUAGGUGCACUAUACAGAAAUCACUCAGAAAGCAAUAUAAAGAAAAUAUGAAACAGCAUGCAGCACCAAAGGAACCAUCCAGUGAUUUAGCACCAAAGGAUGGGAGUGGUCUUCUUUUUUCUCCUUAUGCUGAAACAACUUGUGCAUCCAAACUAUUGAAGAACUAUGAUCAUCAUAGGUGCACUAUACAGAAAUCACACAGAAAGCAAUAUAAAGAAAAUAUGAAACAGCAUGCAGCACCAAAGGAACCAUCCAGUGAUUUAGCACCACAUUUUUUCAGCCACACAUUUGGCCUUUUCGGCAAUGGUUGGUCCACUUUGUAUGGCUCAGUUUGACACCACAAAAUGUGGAUAGAGAACUGCUUUUCGUGAUGGUGAAUAUCUUCUGCGACCGAGUUCUUUUGUUUCUGGAGCUUGGAAAUGACCUGAUCUAUUAAUGAAUCUUUGAAGGGGCCUUUAAGCAGGAAUAUUUAUCGGCAAGGUUAAUAGAGGUGGAGUUGGAGCCAAGCAGAAGACCUUUUUCUUUUUACCAUCAUAUCACUGAUCUUUUUGGUGGAAAUAGUCUGCAAAGUUAUCAUGAACAGUGAACCGUACCACACACCUCUAAGGCUUUUCCAGCUGCCAUUGCACAACCAUAAAAGAAGCCUUGGCCUCCCAAAGCUCGCACAAUCCUCCUCUUCAGAACAGCAGCAGCACUACCAACGAUGCUGAGGAUCCGACCCUUCCUCACCAAUAUUUUGCUAGUUCUUCUCUUGGUGACAUCUUUAGGCCAGGCUGACAUCACUGAGGAUGGAAAUGAGCCAAUGAAGGCCUCAGAUCUGGUGUCCAAGGUGCAAACAAGAAAGGUUUUGGUAGAGGUUAUACUAGAUUACGACUAUGGAGGACACAACUCCAGACAUGAACCCAGGAGAGGAAAGUCAGGAAAUGGUGGUAAUCCAUAGAUGGAAGCCUCAAGCCUCUUCGCCAAAGGGCCUUAGUGGACUAGCGUCCCAUCUUGUUCAUCAAUCCGCUUAAUGUACAACUACUAGAUCUUCAAAUCCAUUAUUGUGACUUUUUUCUUUGUUAGUUUGGUUGCCCCCAGAUAUGGAGACAUGUUAACUUGUGCUUGUAAGUAGUUCUUCCAGUGAGAUGUUGUGCUUGAGAAGAACCUAAGUAUUAAUGUCAGAAACAAAAAGGAGCAAUACUCUCAUUUUCACCA